AUGCUGCUGGGCCUGCUAGUGCUGCUGGUGGCGCUGCUGCUGUCGGCGGUGAUUGCAGUGAUGGCGUGGAAGCGAAGGCACAUGGCGGAGGGCGUGAGGGAGAUGGAGGUUUGCACUGCAGCGCUGGAGAAGGCAGAGCGCUGCAAGAGUGAGACCGUGGCAAACCUCUCACACGAGUUGCGCACGCCAAUCAUCGGCAUGAUAGGCAUGAUAGAGAUGCUGCUGGAGUCGCCAUUGGAGGAGUGGCAAGCAGCGGACCUAAGGGAUGCGGGGGAGUGUGCGCGGGAGACGGUGGACCUCAUCAACCGCGUGCUCGACCUCGCCAAGCUGCAGGCCGGCCGCCUCCAGCUCGAGGCUCUGCCGCUCUGCCUGCCCCGCGUGGCUCGGCAUGCCGUUGCCCUCGCUGCUCAAGACGCUGUCCCCAGGGGGCUGGAAGCGGGCAACACUCUAUCAGGCCAUGUCACCUUCCAUGUGUGGUGUGCCGCAGCUCCUCUCCAGCAAGGCCCUCAAAUAAUCGCUUCUCGGCCAUCCACCCCUCAUCCCCCCACCCCUCGUUCGCAAGGCUCCAACAAACCGCUUUCAUCGCUCCUUGCUUCUCCCACCCCGUGGCAAUCUUCCCCUGCCCUCAUUUCAUCUCAAACCCCUCAACCUUCUUGCACCCUUCUCACCCCACCAGCCUCACCAGCCCCUCACACACCUCGCACCCCUCUAUCCCCCAAGACCCUCCCAUUAUCCCCAGCCCCUUCAAGCCUGCUCGCCCCAGCAGCCUGGCAGCAGCUGGCAGCGUGUGUGCAGCGCUUUCCCCCAGACACCCGCCUGGUGUGCACCCCUCAGCACCUAACGGCACCCCUGGGAAGUGGCUUCUCGAAAGCGGAGAGUCAGGAUGGGAUGCCGCUGGCAGGUCUGCGAGCGGCGGGAGGGGCAGGAUGGCUGGGAUGGCUGGGAGGGCUGGGAGGGUGGGGAGGGUGGGGAGGGUUGGGAGGGUGGGGAGGGUGGGGAGGGUGGGGAGGGUGGGGAGGGUGGGGAGGGUGGGGAGGGCUGGGAGGGUGGGGAGGGCUGGGAGGGUGGGGAGAGGGGAGAGGUGCGGGGGCAACGUGUGCUGAUGAGCGGCAAAACGUAGGCGUGGAGAGUGAUAGAGAUAGGCAGGGAGGGCGGCUAGAGAGGGAGGUGGCGGCGUGGGUGGAAGGGGCGUGCAGGGCGAGAGGGGAGGGCGAGUGGAUGGUGGUGAUGGCGUGUGAGGAUACGGGCGGUGGUAUACCACCCGAGGAGAUGCGGUGGGUGCUGGAUCCGUAUGGGGGCGACCUUCACCACUCCACCUGCUCCUCUGCUGCUGCUGCUGGUGCUGAUGGUGGCGCUGGUGGUGUUGUUGCUGAUGAUGAAGCCAAGGAGGGGCAGCAGAGCGACCCCUCUCACGCACGACGAGAGGGCUGCUGCUCGCCCUGCCUGGACGCCCUACCCUGUCCGCUUCCUCCUCUCGACCUCCCUCGUGAGUGCUUCCUCCUCUCCACCUCCUUGGUGGCGGAGAUGCGGGGAAGCAUGGCAGUGCUGUCAGACAGCGCCACAGGCACCGCCAUCCUGCGUUUUACUCCCCUAUUCUCACCGACCCCUCCAAACCAUCUCUCGUCCCACUCCCACCCCCUCCACCCCACUCCCCUCCCCCAGGUGGCGGAGAUGCGGGGGAGCAUGGCAGUGCUGUCAGACAGCGCCACAGGCACCACCAUCCUGCUGGCUCUGCCCCUCUCCACACCGCCCCCCCCAACCGAACCUGGCAGCAGCAGCAGCAGGCGAGGGGAGGGGCAAUGCAGAGGUCUGCAGCAGUGGAUGGGGGUUUCUAGAGGGCUUUCCCGGAGCUCCUCUUUACACUCUCUGCCGUUAAGCCCAGUAGCCCCUUUAAGUCCACUCAACCGUUUAAGCCCACUCAACCCUUUAAGCCCACUCAACCCUUUAAGCCCACUCAACCCUUUAAGCCCACUCAACCCUUUAAGCCCACUCAACCCUUUAAGCCCACUCAACCCUUUAAGCCCAGUUGCCCCUUUGAGCCCAGUAGCCCCGUUAAGCCCAAUAGCCCGGUUAAGCCCUGCAAGCCUGCGACUACAGGGCAUGCCACCGCUGACUCUCCCUUUAGUAACAGGCAGCAUGGGGAGCAGCUUGGGGGGGAACAGCACGGGGGUUGUAGGGGGGGGUGUGGGCGGCGGUGUGGGGGGCGGAGCGGGCGGCGCAGAGGCGGCGGUGCGGGCGGCGGUGGCGGGGCGGCGGGUUGCAGUGGUGGAUGACAACGCGGUGAACCGCAUGGUGGCGCGGCGAACACUGCAGGGCUACGGGGCAGACGUGCUGCUGCUUUCUUCAGGAGAGGACACCCUGCAGGCUCUCUCCUCGCCUCCCUCUCCUUCCACGCCCCUCCAACUGCUGCUGCUGGACCUCCACAUGCCUCCUGGCAUCGAUGGAUUUGAAACGGCCCGGCGAAUUCGGCUCAUGGAGAGCGAACAGCAGCUUCCGAGCGAGGCAAAAGGAACAGCAGCAGCCGACGAAGCAGACGCAGCAAGCAAAGUAGCAAGCAAGGCAGCAGCAGCAGAAGAAGCAGGAGCCAAUGACGAGGCAGCGAGCGAGUUCACUUUCCAGACGCCUCAAGAGUCAACAGCAGCCAACGAGACAGUCGACGACUUUUCUUUCCAGACUCCUCAGGAGUUGAUACCAGCAGACGAGGCAGGGAAAGAAGAAGUGAUGGGUUUGGAAAACGCCUGUCCUCAGCGGCUGUGCAUCAUAGCACUGACGGCAGAUCUGGAUGUUGGGGGGAAGCGAGCGUGCUUUGAGGCGGGGAUGGAUGGAGCCGUGCGCAAGCCGAUAGUGGGGCAUGAGCUGCUUGCAGCACUCGUGGAUGCGGGGUUUGUUGCAGCCAGUGAGACCAGCGAUUUCUGA